AACACCUUUCAGCUCUGCCAGCACAAGUUUUUACCAGCAAGCAACACCUGCAAAAGGAAAAACAAGGAAAUUUUAGUCUUUGCAAGAAAAAAAGAGAGAACAUAGUCAUGUCUUUUGAGACAAAAGACAAGACUGAAGUGCGUCUGGUGUUUCUAGGAGCAGGCGGAGUGGGAAAGACAGCCCUCAUCCAGCGGUUCCUCAAAGACACCUUUGAGCCGAAGCAUCGUCGCACAGUGGAGGACCUCCACAGGAAAGAGUAUGAAGUGGGGGGAAUCAAAGUCACAAUCAAUAUUAUGGACACCAGCGGAAGCUACUCCUUCCCUGCCAUGCGAAAGCUCUCCAUCCAGAACAGUGAUGCUUUUGCACUGGUUUACGCUGUGGAUGAUCCAGACUCCCUGGAGGCAGUCAAGCGGCUGAGAGAGGAGAUCCUGGAAGUCAAGGAGGACAAGUACACUCCAAUUGUCGUCAUUGGCAACAAGAUAGACCGGCACAAAGAGCGGCGGGUCUCCAGUGAGGACGUGUUGUCCACUUUGGAAGUGGACUGGAACCAUAUUCUCCUGGAGUCCUCGGCCAAGGACAAUGUCAACGUGAUGGAGGCCUUUAGGGAGCUGCUGCAGCGAGCCAACCUGCCCACUCCCCUGAGUCCAGCACUCUAUAGGAGAAGGGAGACCUUCCCCAAGGAACACAACAAGCGCCCCCCCAUGUACAAGAUCAACAGCUGCCUCCUUUCAUAGAAAUGGACAGAGAGAGAACAGUGGGAACCAAAAGAGCAAAAGACUCACAUCAGUGGAAGAAAAACUAAGAAACAAUGUUUGAUAAAAUAAUCAAAUGUGCUCUUCAGCUCCCUGAACUAAGAUUCUCCUGCAAAGACUAAGAGAUAAUAUUGGAUCAAUGUAAUUUACGUUGACUAUACUUACUGUGAAACUUUUAAUAUUUGUAUUUAUAUUUAACAUUGCACAAAUCCUGAUGGUGCUUUGUUCGUGCUCAAAACUAUUGAUGUCUUUGUCAGUAAUAGUGAUCAACUGUUGAAAACAAUCAAAAUCUGUGAAGCAAUCAGUGAAAAGCAAUACUGUUUUUUGUCUCCAAAUUUAACAUUUUUGCAGCUGAAGUAAACAUGAAAAAAACAAUCUGCUUUUUAUAAUUGUUUGAUAAUUCUUACCUUUUGACGUAUGUGUAUAUUUUGUUUUACGCCACCAAUUUGUUUUUAGAUCCUCAGUUUGCUUAAGAAAUAAAGUAUGAUAAAAUGGACUUUUGUUGUGUCUGACAGGGUUGAUCGGAAACAAGAGAAAAUGUUGCUUGACAUUUUCCUUGUUCGCAGCUUUCACGGUAUAAGAGAUAUAUUCAUAAAAUGCAUCCAUGACUGGAUGAGAAAAGAAAAUGAAUUAAAACCAGAGAAAGGCUUUAGUCAUAUUUUCUAUUUAAAAAUUACUUUUCAAACAUUCCUGACAAAUAAUCAAUAUGGCAGAAAAUAAAUGACAAAGGAAUUAAACCGCUGACAUAAAUCUACUUGUAAUAGGCUGGAUUUAGAAGUCUGAGCAAACAUUUCUGUCUGUUGAUAUGUUUACUACACCCUGAAAGCAGUCAUGUUUUACCAGAUG